GCACGAGGAAAGUGGAGAGAGAGGCUUCCGAUCUUGAUUACCCCCGGUUGCCGAAUCGCGAAUCCAAUUCAAUUCCACUCAACGCCUCAGAUCGGAUUCCAACCCCCAAUUAUAGCAACUCGCUUUCCCCAAAUCGAUCGGCUUCGAGUGUUUUUCUUUUUUGGGCGAUUUUUCGGGGUCCCGAUCGGAUCGGGUUGAGUUGAUCGGGGAGCGAUGCGAAUCGAGGAGCUUCCGGGCGAUUCGGGUGGAGGAGGAGGUAGGGGAGACGGCAGGGAGGAGGAGCUGCCGCAGCUGCGUUGUCGCGAGGAUGGCGGCGCCGCGGUGGUUGAGGGUGACGUUGGGGUUGUGAUGCGGGUGGCCGGCGAUGCGAAGCGCGCAGCGGUGGGCGUCGGCGCGCGUAUGCUGUUCUACCCGACGCUUUGUUACAACGUCGUGAGGAACCGGCUCGAGGCGCACUUCCACUGGUGGGAUCAGGUCGACGAGCAUGUUCUGCUGGGCGCUGUUCCAUUCCCCAGCGAUGUUCUACGGCUGAAGGAGCUCGGAGUUUGCGGUGUGGUUACACUGAACGAGUCAUACGAGAGGCUUGUUCCCAAAUCGCUAUACGAGGCUCAUGGAAUCGACAACCUGGUGCUACCAACAAGAGAUUACCUUUAUGCGCCUUCCUUUGUGAACCUUUGCCAAGCUGCUGACUUCAUCCACAGGAAUGCUUUAUGUGGGAAAUUGACUUAUGUUCACUGCAAAGCUGGACGUGGACGUAGCACUACAGUUGUUCUUUGCUACUUGGUGCAAUAUAAAAAUAUGAGUCCUUCCGAAGCUUAUGAGCAUGUCCGUUUGCAUCGGCCUAGGGUAUUAUUAGCUUCUGCACAGUGGCAAGCUGUGCAAGAAUUCUACCAGCUUAGAGUGAAGAAAACCGAGAGGUUGAAUUGCCCAGUUAGUUGCCCGGGCAAUACUGUCAUGAAGCCACAACUGUUCCUUGCCACUCGCAAUCUGUUUACCUUUGAUGACAACACAUUCGUUGUGGUUUCAGAGUCAGACCUGGAAGAGUAUAAUGCGGAUGCAUUGGCAGUUAGUGUGGGUAAUGGGUUGUGGGAGAUAAGCUUAGUGUAUCGGGUUCAGUUUGCCAGCAAGGCAGCUCUUGCAGGGUUCUCGUAUUUAUGGUUUCGUUGUCGCGCUAGCAAUAAGGAGGUACCUGAGAAUGUUGGCAGAGAGAGUUGCUCUCGUGAGGCAGAGCAGCAUGCAACCGGUCAUCCCUCGUUACUGCAAAGUGUGGUGGUUAAUCCAUGAUCUUUUGAGUUCUGUUCUGUAUUUUGGUUAAUAUUUGUAAAUAUUAAAGAGGAGAAUAUGCAAUAUGUAACUCGUGUCCGCUGCAACCAAAAAGUGCAGCUGUAUAUAUAUCAUGUAAUAAGUUGACAUUUAUGUGCACAUAGGUAAAUGAAAGGCGUUCCAACUUGCUGACUAA